AUUUUUUCUAGGAAAUUGUUAUGUCAUUGACAGAGCGUUGCAGUGGAUGCAAUUGAGAGACUGUAUUAUUUAAACACCUGCUGAUUUUUCUGCUUAAAGAAAGAAACUGUUUAUUCUAGCUCAGGAAAUUGCUAUGUCAUUGACAGAGCGUAGCAGUGGAUGCAAUUGAGAGACUGUAUUAUUUAAACACCUGCUGAUUUUUCUGCUUAAAGAAAGAAGCUGUUUAAUCUAGUUCAGUCUUUUAUAGUAUCUGCAAACGAGUGAAUGAUGGGAGACAGAGCCGUUGAUGUGGAGGAGCCCAUCGAGGUCAGUGAUUCUGAUGAGUCCUCCGACUUCAUCCCGGAACAGAAUUUCCACCAUGGCACUACAAGGCCACUCGAUGCCUCUUUAGAAGAUCUUCCAAGAAAAAAAGAAGAACAAGUAGGCUUAACAUCUGAUCUACAUCAGAAAAAAUAUAUCAAAUGUUUCGCUUCAGAUUUGCCUUCUGGACAAUUUGAUAAGUUUAAAAUAAAAUUUGAUGCUAAACCAACGGAUAUUGAUGAAUUUUGUAAGAUGCUUAAGGAGAAAAAACCAAUACAAGGUGGUCCAGUUAAUAACAUUAUCGAAACCUUCAAGCAGUUUAUCAAAGAACAUUUAGGAGACUUGAGCAUAGAUUUAAACUCAGUCACUGAAAAAGCUAAAAAGCAUUUUGAAACAAGAAAUAAAGAUAAUGAUAUAGAAGGCAUUGAAAAAAAGCUAAAUUUUGCUGCUUUUAAUGAUCUGAAGAGAGAAGCUUUUGAUAAAAUACGUUUAAGUACCAGGAACGUGAAUAAAUUCUACACGCAAACAAUCAGAAGUGAAGAGUACAACAACGAUGAAGACAUGUUAAGGUUAUUAAGUCACUGGAUCACUGCAGUUAAUGAAUUCAUGCGGAGCUGUAUUGAUGUUGUGCGAUCCAUUCUUCAUCCUCAAAUGGUUAAAACUACUAAAGGUGAACGUGAAACAGAGCAAAACACAAGGGAAAUAGUGUUUCAAUCAUUAUUCACGAGUUUUUCCAAAAUGUUCUUACUUCAUACCAGGCCACAAAGGAUUACUUACAAAACACUACUGGAGUAUUAUGUAACGAGUGAACCAGACGUACUUUUUGAACAAACGUUUAAUCUAUCUGGAGCAGAACCAGCCACUCCGUUGAUGAUGAUUUGUGAGGUAAAGAGAGAUGAACCUCGGCUCAAAGGAAGUAGACAGAAUCAUGCUCUAGGAGAGAUGGUUCCAACAAAGACAAUAGAUCAAAUUGGAACAGAACUUUUGUGUGAAUGUUCUGGAUCUUAUUUUUCACCUGGUGCUGUAGGAAUUUUAUGCUUGAGAUCACAGAUAUUGUUCCUGUUCUUGGAUAUUAGUUACGAACAUCUCAUUGCCAUUGAAAAAAACAUGCCUCUAGACAACAUGAAUGGGCGAAUUCGUUACACCGACUAUUUUGACAUUCUGAAGCCUUCGGAUAGAUUAAAGGUUAUGGAUAUUAUGUUCUACAUGGCAAGAAUUCAGACACUUGACUUUAUACACCCAUUUUAAGUCACCAAAACAGACCUACUGCAAUACAUUGACCUAUUUCUGUCACAUAUGUGUUGAUAUAGUGUUAUUAUGUUUAACUUUUCAAACGCUUUAAAAACAAGAUAAUGAUUCCCGUAGGAGAAAUACUUUGCAUACCGGAAAUAUUGAAAAUCUUACAGGAUUUAUUUUCAAUUUCCAGUAGGAAAAUAAGUUUUUCCUACAACAAAGUAAUUCAGACAGGUAGUUUUCCUACAGGAAAUUAAGGAUUCCAAUGCGACAUAACCAAACAACUGGUUUCCUCUGUUCCAUUGUGGACCAAAGUUAUCAAUAUGGCUGUGCUUUACAAAAUUGAAACCACAGAAUAUUUCAUGGUCUGCCACUAAAUUUAUAUUUUAUAUCGUAUUUAUAAUCAUAUGGAGUUUUGAUCAAAACCUAUUGAAAUCUUAAUUCCCAUAGGAAUGUCUUUAAUUCCGGUAGGAAAUUCUACAUAUCCUAAAGGAAAAAUAAUUGUCCGAUAAGAAAAUUUAAGCUCCUGUAAGAAUUUAUUUUUAAAGGUAAAAAUUUUACCUGACAGUGAGAGACAUCAAAAACAAAGGUGGUUAUUUUUUUUUCUUUUUCUUUUCGUUUGAAGAGUAGUAAUUUUGAUUGAGAGUGUUUUCUUUUGUGGUAAUGAUGGAUAUUCAUGCGGUAGGCUGGGUUUGAAGGUAAUUAUCGGUAGAGAAUGUCAAGUAGUAUUUAUUCUGACGAUUACGCACGAUACAAGAGUGUUUGGCUUUUUAUUUGUUUAAGAAUGAAAUAAUUCAUUGUAAAGAUUUUGAACAUAAAAGAAGGUAGCAAAAUAUACUUAAUUGAUGAUGCACAAUUUUAUUGUUACUGGCAAGGUACUUUUCAGAUAGACAAGACUUGAAAACGUGUUUUAAAAGUGAAGGUAUUUUGUGAUUAGCGACUACUUGUAUCGGAUGUCAAUGCACAAAAUAUUAAGUAUAUAUAGAAAAAUUGGGUGUUGAUGUUAUGUCUUAUUCGAGAUGGAAGUACAUUUUAUAUGUGUAAGAAACUCAUUAAGCAAUAUUCUAUCAUAUGGCAUAUUUGAAUCUUUUAUGCAGCUUAUGCAGCUUAGAGGGUUAAAAAAUGUUACCUUGGCAAAAUUAUCCCACACAGCUUUAUUAAACUGAUUUACAAUAAUUUUUCAGACCUAAACUUUCGCGCAGUAAUGUUUUUAAUUUGCUUUUUGCAUAUCUAAUAAACUCUACCUUAUCUCAUCUAUCUUGGUUGGUUCAUUUAUUAAAAAAAAAAAUAAUAUAUUGUUCAUUUAAUGUAGAAUAAUCUAUCGUACAAUGAUAUGAUAUUCAGCCUCUGGCAUUGAAUAUAUGGCAUUUAAAAAACCUUAAUCAAGGGCCUUUUUCAAGUAUAGCAAAUAAGGUGUAUCUAAAACCGUGAAAGUACUGGGGUUUUUUGAAUCGAAAAAUUUUAACGAAAAAUUACAGAGAGAAGUUGAAAUAGACCAAAUAUUUAAAAUUGUAUUACAAUAUCAUAGAUAGAGAUCAAAAUGUAUUAUAAGUGUA